UUUUUUUAAUUUUCCUCCGUUAAGUAAUUUCCACACUCAAUUUUCAUCGUCAGAUCUGAUCAAUUUCUUCCCGGGAAAAUCACAAACCCAUCAUCAGUCCCCGCAAUUUCCUUUCUCCGGUGAAGCCAACCGUCGAUAGAGAAAAUGUCUCACAACGACACAGUUCCGCUAUACCAAUCGUCCCAAUCAGACAUCGACGAGAUCGAGAACAUGAUGAGCGAAGGUUUCCAAUCAGGUCCCGGAACAGUCCUCCCCGCUCGUCCCCCGAGCCCGAUCCGUCCCUCCAUCCCCGUCACGGUGGUGGAAGCUCGGAAGGUGGGAAGGGGAUCGGAGGAAGCGGGUUCGGGUCACCGCCGAACACGUUGACGGAGCCGGUGUGGGAUACGGUGAAGAGGGAUCUGACGAGGAUCGUGAGUAAUCUGAAGCUGGUGGUGUUUCCGAAUCCGAAUAGGGAGGAUCCUGGGAAGGCGCUUAGGGAUUGGGAUCUGUGGGGUCCGUUCUUCUUCAUUGUCUUCUUGGGCCUUACUCUCUCUUGGUCUGCUUCCGUUAAGAAGUCGGAAGUAUUUGCCGUGGCAUUUGCACUACUUGCAGCUGGAGCAGUGAUCCUCACACUAAAUGUGCUGCUCCUGGGAGGACAUAUAAUAUUUUUCCAAAGCCUAAGCCUAUUGGGUUACUGUCUGUUUCCUCUGGAUGUUGGAGCAGUGAUCUGCAUGUUGAAGGACAAUGUGAUACUCAAAAUGAUAGUUGUGUGUGUGACUCUUGCCUGGAGCUCUUGGGCCGCUUAUCCUUUCAUGAGCGCCGCUGUGAACCCAAGAAGGAAAGCUCUCGCACUUUACCCGGUCUUCCUCAUGUAUGUCUCUGUCGGCUUCUUGAUCAUUGCCAUUGAUUGAUUCCAUUCUGAAGAAAAUGGAAAAUCACAGUUGUUUUUCCUUUGAUUCAAUUUGGAAAAAUCAUUUGGUACAAAGUAGAUAGAUAAUUCUCCAAAGUGAACUAAUCUGAGUUUUAAUGAGACCAUAUGUAUAAUAUGCUCUUUGAACACCUUUUUUGUUAUACUCUGGUUGACUUGACUUUAUUUGUAUAAGACCUUUGAUUAUAAGACAAGGCUGUUUUGUUUA